AUGCCCAACGACGAUGCCUUCAGCAAGCCCUCUGCACCCGAGGUGCCGCACGCUCCCGGUGCACCCCUGCAGGGCAAGGCCGGCUAUGACAAAGCAGCUGGGGCGCUGCUGGGGACGGCUUGGGGUGCCGGAGGCAGCGGAGGCGCGUGGGGCUCUGGGAACAAGAAGUCCCCAAGGCUGCGCAAGUGAGCUCGCUGCAGAAACCACGGCUACGCGUCCCCGCUCAAGGGCCGCAAGCGCUUCUGCGAGUGGCUGGACUGCCAGUGCAAGAAGUGCAUUGCCUAGAGACAGCAUGUGAUGGCCGCACAGGUGGCCCUGAGAAGGCAGCAGGCCCAGGAGGAGGAACUGGGCAUCAGCCACCCUAUCCCACUGCCCAGCGCAGCCGAAUUGCUUGUCAAGAGAGAGAAUAAUGUCCACAGCCCAUGCCUCAUGACCGAGAGCAGCUCCCCACAGCCUCCAUCGGCCAGUGCCCCAACCCCUGUUGCCUCAGAGGGACGCAUGGUCAUCCAGGAUAUUCCUGCUGUCACCAGCAGAGGGCAUGUGGAGAAUGCACCUGACCUGGUUUCAGACUCCACCUACUACAGCAGCUUCUACCAGCCAUCUCUGUUCCCUUACUACAACAAUCUGUACAACUACCCGCAGUACUCCAUGGCCUUGUCUGCUGAGUCCUCUUCUGGGGACGUGGGGAAUCCCCUCGGUGGAUCCCCUGUGAAGAACAGCCUGCGGAGCCUCCCAGCACCUUAUGUGACUGGUCAGACUGGAAACCAGUGGCAGAUGAAAAAUGUGGAGAGCCGCCAUCCUGUGAGCUCCCAGUACAGGAUGCAUUCUUACUACGGGCCCCCCUCCUACCUGGGCCAGAGCAUGUCCCAGAUCUUCACUUUCGAGGAUGGCCCCUCCUACUCAGAAGCUAAAGCAAGUGUAUUCUCACCACACAGCAGUCAAGAUUCUGGCUUGGUUUCCCUCUCCAGCAGCUCUCCUCUGAGUAACGAGAGCACAAAGGGGGUCCUGGAAUGCGAGUCUGCGUCCUCUGAGCCCAGCAGCUACACUGUUACCGGGGUCCUGGAGGAUGAUGAUGAUGAUGAGUGAGCAGCGCG